AUGAGAUUUCAAAACCAAGAAGCAUCGAUCAAGAACUUGGAGACUCAAGUGGGGCAGUUGGCACGGAUGAUAUUUUCUAGAGCUCAAGGCGCUUUACCCAGUAACAUCGUGGCAAAUCCAAGAGAACAGGUGCAAGACAUUACCUUGAGGAGUGGUAAGGAGCUGCAAGAGGUGGAGAAGAAGGCAAAGGAAGAAGGCAAGGUGGGUGCAACCCUAGAAACUGAAAAGGAGGAAGAGCAAUCUGAUUCAAAGAAGGAGAAAAGUCAACAGCCGCAAGUACCAUUUCCGAAUAGGCUAAAGCAACACAAAUUGGAAAAGGAAUUCGUCCUGAAGGAAAUCUUGGCGAAUAAAAGGAAACUGGGAGACGUGGCUACAGUUGCACUGAAUGAAAAAUGCUCGGCAAUCCUCCUCAACAAGUUGCCUCAGAAACUAAAAGAUCCAGGGAAUUUUACUAUUCCUUGCACUAUAGGCAGUUUGAAAAUUAAUAAGGCAUUGUGUGAUUUAGGAGCUAGUAUAAAUUUGAUGCCAUAUUCGGUUUUUAAGAAAUUGGGGUUGGGUGAACCCCAACCCACUAGAGUUGCAUUGCAGUUAGCUGAUAGGUCCAUAAAGCAUCCUAGGGGAAUCAUAGAAGAUGUACUUGUUAAAGUUGACAAAUUCAUUUUUCCUGCGGAUUUCAUAGUUUUAGACAUACAGGAGGACGUUGAUGUCCCUCUUAUCCUAGGGCAACCUUUCCUAGCUACGGGGAAGACAAUGAUUGAUGUCCAACAAGGGCAACUAAGCCUUAGGAUUCAAGAUGAGGUAGUAAUUUUUAAAAUGUCUGAUGCUAUGAAACAUGCACCUUCUAGUGAUGAUUCUUGCUAUAUGAUUGAUGUCAUUGAUUAUGAUGUUGGUGAUUGUUUUCAGGUUAACAGGUCGGCUGAUCCCCUUGAGCUAUGCAUACAAGAGGGAAAAGCCAUAGUGGGGAAAAAUGAAGAGAUUCAAAAUAUGGCAACAUACUUGAAUGCAAAUUAG